AUGGCGCGAGGAAUUGACGCCGAGCAGCAGCACCCCAUGGCGGAGCAGGUCAAGGAGUAUCAGGCGCGAUCCAGGCACGCCUGGGCAGCCGCAUCCUUCUUCUCCUCCACCUCCACCUCCACCUCCACGGCCGGCUCCUCGUGGGUUGAGGUGUUCCUCGUGAUAUGGGAACUUGCUUUGUAUGCUCUACUAGUGUUCGCGUGUAUUGCUUUUUAUUUCAGGUCCAUAGGGAUAGCUUUAUCCUUUACAUGUAUUUCUGCACUUCUAUAUUUGUGCAUGAGAUUAACCAAGGAAGAGAGGAAGCACAAGAAAAGUAAGCAAAGAAUGCUUCUUCCAUUGUCAAUGUAA